UUCAAAAGACACACUAGCUAUAGCUACUAGCUGUGCCUAGCUCCUCAACUCACUAGACCCAUUUAGAAAUCAAGAAGACGGCGAUGGCGGAGACAGUGGCGAAGCUGUCGACGGAGAAGGCGGUGGUGAUCUUCACGGCGAGCCAGUGCCCGAUGUGCCACACGGUGGCGAGCCUCUUCUCCGACCUCGGCGUGUGCGCGGCGGUGCACGAGCUCGACAAGGACCCCCGGGGCCGCGACAUGGAGCGGGAGCUCGCCCGCCGCCUCGGCCGCUCGCCGCCCGUCCCCGCCGUCUUUAUCGGCGGCAGGUUCAUCGGCUCCACCGACGGGGUCAUGUCGCUGCACCUCGCCAGCAAGCUCGUGCCCAUGCUCAAGGGCGCCGGCGCCAUAUGGCUCUGAAUCCAUUCAUCCAUCCAUCGACAACGAUCAUAAUCACUCACACCCCUAAUUUUGUUGGGUUUAUAUAUAAAUUCUGCACCUUGCAUGCAUGCAAAUAAUCUUCAAUUGCAGGUUAAAGAGCUACGUGUACACGUGCAUGUACGUACGGCUAUAGAGAGUGUUCAAAAGUCACAAAUAUGAUGUACCUAUACAAUCUGGACCGUCCGAUCACAAUGGGACGGCUAUAGAGUGUGUAACCUAACAGGGCUGAAAAGGGUCAGGAAUGUAAACGGCCUUGUAACCUCCCUUUUCCAGUUUUUCCAGUGAGAUAUGAAUUUUGAGCUA